CGUUAUCUUUUUCAACUUUGGCCUCAAACUAACACCAUCUUCCAGGUUAUAAAAAUGAUGAGGGAAUUAUGUUGAGUGUUGAGUGAGUUUGCACAAUCAACAUGAUCAAAAUGACAAGCAAGAAUAGUGGAAGGUAUGCUGUGUCAAUGUCUGGCAAUCGAAGUUCAUCGCCAGAAAAUAUCAUUUGGUGUGAAUCAGCCGUAUCAUAUGGGAGCAUUCUAGCAGCUGUUACUUCGGAAGGCGCACCAUGUGCUAUCCUCCUUCAUCCUUCCGAUACCAAAAGUGAGAAUGCACUCUUGACGGAUCUUAAGAGACGCUUUUCAGGCAUUGCAAUAAACAAAGAGGAGACAACAACGUCACCAGCAGCAAAGGUGAUGUUGACAAGAUUGGUUGAUUUCGUCAAAUCUCACAACUCCGUUACUGAUGCAUCACAAUUUGAAAAAGAAGCCAAAGAUCUUCAAAAUCAAUCAAUCCUUUUUGGCACAACUUUUCAACAUUCAGUUUGGAAAGGAAUGACUCAAGUUCCAAUCGGAAGUGUAUGUACAUAUUCACAAUUGGCACAAAAAGCAGGUCAGAGCAGUAAAGCAACCCGAGCUGUUGCUCAAGCCUGUGGAGCGAAUCCAUUAACGUUUCUUUUCCCUUGUCAUCGCAUUGUUGCCCAAGGUGGUGGUCUAGGUGGAUAUCAUUGGGGCACAACGACCAAAAAAGCAAUCCUGGAAGAUGAAAGAAAGAUUACAAGUGAAAAAUCAUCCAUUCGUCCAGGCAAGAGGAUGAAAUUGUUACAUACAUGA